UUUUCCUUCUGAAGCAGAAGCUAAUCAGUUGUUCCGUUCUCCCGCCAUCGGUUCCCAAUCAAAGAGUCGGCUAGUAGAUUUGAAGAUUUCAAUGGCAGAGUCUACUCAGAUGGAAGUUGAGAGUGUUGAGCCACCAUUGCCGAUUAAACCAACCUUCAAGCCUUUGAAAGCUCAUGAGAUGUCUGAUGGUAAAGUGCAAUUCAGAAAAGUAGCCGUACCGCCAAACCGGUACACUCCGCUCAAGAAAGCAUGGUUAGAUAUCUACACACCGGUUUACGAUCAGAUGAAGGUCGACAUUAGGAUGAAUCUCAAGUCACGCAAAGUCGAGCUCAAAACUCGAGCUGACACUCCCGACGUCAGUAACCUACAGAAGUCUGCUGAUUUUGUUCACGCCUUCAUGCUUGGUUUUGACAUUCCAGAUGCUAUCUCGCUUCUGAGGAUGGACGAGCUUUAUGUUGAGUCGUUUGAGAUCAAGGAUGUCAAGACUCUGAGAGGUGAGCAUUUGUCUCGUGCCAUCGGGAGAUUGUCUGGGAAAGGAGGUAAGACCAAGUUUGCUAUCGAGAACUCGACUAAGACAAGGAUUGUUAUUGCAGACACUAGGAUUCAUAUCUUGGGAGCUUUCACUAGUAUUAAGGUUGCUAGGAGCUCACUGUGCAGUCUUAUUAUGGGUUCGCCUGCUGGAAAAGUUUACUCCAAGCUCCGAUCUGUCACUGCUAGAUUAGCUGAAUAGUUGUCAAUGGCGGAACGUUAACUUGAUUUUUGCAUCAAAGGAACAACAAUUUUUCUUGAUUUUUGGUAUUUGGGUUGGUUUCUGUUGUCCUUGUUUCGCCAUGUUCUAAAGAUUUGAAGAAGUGUCUUCUCUCUCUCUAUAGAUUGUGAUUUUGAUGUAUUCUUAUCUGUUGUUUAGUUUAGAGCAUUAACAAUAAGCGUUUGUGUCACACGAAUUUGCAUGAAUCCCUAAGUGUCAGCUUUUGGAAUGAGAAAUCAAACACCUGAAUUGCAUUUUUAUAA